UAAUUUCCACUUCUUUUAUCCUAUCAUACAAAGUGCAAAGCCCAUUUAUAAGACCAGCUUAGAAUAAAUGGAUAAACCGUGAUGAUAUUUGUCCCAUGACCCCAUCAUGUCUGCACAUUAGGUUUAUGUGAAACUAUCUGAAAUAAUUUAAUAAUAUAACAUAGCAUUAAGCUCCUAUUUAUUCUGCAUUAUGUUGAUUCAGUCGACAUCUCAAACCUAUCAAAUAGUGUCAUUAGCUCACAUCGUAGGAAUUUUGUAUUUGACCGUUAAAUUUUCUUUGGAAGCUAGCAUAGGAAGACAAGAUCAGGCACCGGUUGAGGAGUUAGGAAAUGGGAAAGGAUGAGGUGGGUGAGGACUGGAGGUUCGGACUCUCUCUCUUCUUUCUAGGUGUAUUUUAACCUCGAAUAAAAAAGUUUUGAUCAGAGAUAACUUACAUGGUAAAAUUAAAAUGUUGAUACGAUCCAAAAAGGGGAGGGGAGGGAAAAAAAAAAAAAAGUUGAUCAUCAAGUUGCAACAAUUUCCGUAGGCUGGGGAGCAGUUGUGAAAUUUUACUAAAAAUACAAACUAAAGGUUUCGAGUUUCCCAAACUCACUGAAAUCGCCGAGACAUGGCGUUCUUCACCAAGUGCAUCACUCUCCACGCUCCUUUCUCCAUCCAUCGUUCAGUCAAUCAAAUUCUACCUCAAUCGUCAUCAGAUUACGCCAAUUAUGCUGCUCCUUUCCACAAGUUGCUUCUCUGUUCUUAUCCGACUUUCCCUGGGAAGCGGUGGCUGGGCACUAACGCUGAGUCGUCGAUUCAGUUUGAGUUCGCCGGGUCAAGCGCGUAUGAUCUCCUAGGGGUAUCAGAGAGCAGCUCAUUCGCAGAAAUCAAAGCCUCUUUUCGGAAAUUGGCAAAGGAAACUCAUCCGGACCUAGCGCACUCUCCCAGUGAUACCUGUGAUGCUUCCAAUAAAUUCAUUCAAAUCCUCGCAGCUUAUGAGAUACUCUCAGAUUCUGAGAAGAGAGCUCAUUAUGAUCGGUAUCUCUUAUCUCAAAGAGCAUUUGUUCAAAAACAUUCUAGAAAUGAUCCCAUUAUGUACUAUGCAUCACAUAGAGAUCCAGAGAUGGAAAUGGAAGUCGUUGAAUGGUUGAAAUGGUAUAGAUAUACAAUCAAAGACAUUUUGGCAGAAAGAAGGGUGGCAGCUGGAUCAGGUUAUUUUGAUGUCCUGGAAAGGGACUUUUAUUCAGCCAUACAUGCAGCAUACUACGGACCUGAGAUUGAGUCCAGGGAUCUCCUUCCUGACCGUUUUGAAGCUGAGGAGAGGUCCACAGAUUCAACGCCUGAGGUGCUGCAUUUGGUUUCGGGCAGGGACCUUUUUGGGAUGGUAUGUUUGGCCAAUAAGGUUCCUGAAAUAUCACAAUCCUACAAUGAAAAGCUGACAUCUUUUGAGUCGGGUUUGUGCGAAUCUGUUGUGGAUUUCAGCCAAAAAAUGGAUUCUGACAGAUCUGAUGGUGUAAUUUCUGAGCAGCAAUCCCCAAGUAGUGAUUACCACACAUCUGAUGCUUAUAAAGACCUGGAAUUGCAUGUGUCAGGGAGACGUGUCGCCAUGGCCACAAGAGUCCUGCCAACGUGUUCUAGUGGGAUACGAGAUGAGGAUUCUGAAGACCAAAUACACGUUUACCUCACUGCACGUGAAGACACAAAUAGUGCAAGUCAGGUGUUUUCUAGAGAUAACCUUGCAGAUUUGUCAGUUGGAUCGAGGAUACCUCUGGGAAUUAUAACUGGUCUGGGAACCAGCCCUGAAGAAGGAAGCUGCUAUGUCUACAAUAAUAGUGGCAAGAAAACCCAUGUGAUUAUGAAGCACAGAACACUGCUGGUUAAACACAUGCACUGGUAUGAAGUUGGAGAUAAAGUUUCAGUUUGUGAAUGCAGAUGUAGUAGAGCCCGUUUGCCACCAAGCAGGUUUUGGCUGUUUGAGCCUCGCAGUGCUAUGCAUGACAUAGGAGGUUGGUAUGUUGAGACAUUUGGAAGGAAUAAGAAGGGGCGGACUGUCCCAUCUCAGAGGUACUGGGACGGUUUGGAUGCUUAUGAACAGUUGGAAAAGAGAGUCCAUCCAGCAAUGUACUUACUUGCUCUUGCUUAUAGAACUCUGGAUAUCGAAAAUGCAAGAAGGAAACAGACAGUGAAGGGUAUAGUUGAGGCCAAAAUGUCUAGAGUUCUCAGUUGGUGUAAGAGACUUGUAUAGAAAAUAUUGGCUCUUCAUUGGGUGAUAAAUGCUGAUCUCCUAGAUGGAGACAACAUUGUUAUUGAGUCCUGGGUUCCACAAGCAGCUUUCUUUAGUAUUCUCUGAUUGAAACUUCAAAUUGAAAUUGUCUACGACAUCAAGCAGUGUCACUCUAGAUCCUUCAGUGAAUAUUGAUAAUGACGAAAAGGCAUUAAAAAUGCUGUUUCCAGAUGAUGACGUGAACAUGAAAUCUUUGUCAUCAUACUUGCAGAUAUGACCCUCCAAAAAUGUCCUGCCUGGUUCCUGAAGUCAUUUCUGAAUAAUGGCUUAUUAUUAUUAUUAUUUUUUUUUGAAAGGUAAUUAUUAUCCAUUGGAGCUUAUUGCACACAAGAAAGGGACAAGUAUAGAACAAUCUCUCUCGUCAUUGGAGGCAGUCUAUAGAGUAAGGGUAAAGCCUACAGUCUUGUGGGCUCCUCCUCCUCCCCAGCUCAGAUCCCAUCUUCAUCAUUUCCUUUACAUGAGGAGCAACUCCUGGUUCAUUAAUCACCAGAAAACACGUCAUAUUGAAGUUUAAAUUACAAUAAAACAAAUCGAAAUGGGGAUGCCAGGCUUUUGUACGGCCUUCAUUGUUCUCGAUGGUGGCUUGAAUGAAUUGAAAGGCGUCCUGAUUCAGCUAAUUCAGGUGCUCAGGGGAGAAGGAAAAUACACCAAAUGGAAGUCUAAUUUGCAGAGCACGUAGACAUUGUCAUCUUGUUGCUCCGUGCUGGCAGUCACUGAAUGUUUGCCUAAUUUAAGAAAAUUGCUUAUCUUUGUUUGACAAGCCUGUGACUUGAUUGCUAUUUACCCUUGUUUGAUGGAGAUUAAAAUCUGAUGUUUAGCAGACUUUAAUAAAAAUAGAUGGAAUGUGUGCUUAAAAAUUUGUGGGUGUUAUGUAAUGUAUAAUUAAAAUUAAUUGUUGACUUUGAUUUA